GAAUGCAUCAUACGUCACAUGUUGUAAAAAUUACAGCUCAUUUGGCCUCCAUACUUUCAACAGUUCACCUUCGUCCCUGAAUUCUGAAUCUAAAUUGAGCUGCUUUCUAGAAUAUUCCCCCCGAGUCGUGGCCUAAGUACAGACGGGGCGGCAGCGAGUCAAACGUUCAUCGUUUUAAUAUAAUUCAAGUUGCUGCUUUAGAAGGAAUCGCCACAGUUGAUUCAUGGAGGCUGUUUUAAAGUGCCAACCUGGGGAUUUGGAAGAUUAUUACGGCCUGUUAGGAUGCGAUGAGUUGUCAUCGACAGAGCAAAUUGUCAAUGAAUACAAGAUCCGAGCCUUGUCAUGCCACCCAGACAAACACCUAGACAACCCCAAAGCAGUGGCUGAAUUUCAAAAGCUUCAGGAAGCUAAAGAGGUUUUAUGCAAUGACACCAAAAGAAAAAAGUACGAUCUAUGGAGAAGAAGUGGAGUUGCUAUCUCAUUCCAUGACUGGCAAGCCUUAAACGACUCUGUGAGGACGUCAAUGCACUGGGCGGUGAGAAAUAAAAAAGAACCAAUGUUGGAGGCAGCACAGGCAGAAACACCCACCCCGACUCAUGAAGACGACCUUCGUUGUGAGCAGGAAGGACAAGAGAUGCCGUCUUGUGAAGACAAGCUAUCUUCAAGCGACUACUGUCAUCGUCGUUUCCGCUGGACUGCUGAUUCGCCGUCAGGUCUGCUGCAGAAGUUCAGAAAUUAUGAAAUUUAAGUAUUUGACGUUGUUUAGUUUGUGGAUAUGUGUGGUCUAGCUGCGAUCUCAUUCCAUGUGCAAAGUUCAAAUGUUGUGUUCACUUCCGUCAGCAUCAACGUCAAAGUAUAUACUGUUUCCCUUUUAUUGUCUUGAAAAGCAUUUUUGUUUAUGCUGUUGAUGGUCUAAUGCAGGGGUCGGGAACCUUUUUGGCUACGAGAGCCAUGAAGGCCAGAUAUUUUUAAAUGUGUAUCUCUGAGAGCCAUAUACAUUUUUUUAAACAUUGAAUGCAAUAAAAUGUGUGCAUGUUUAUGUAAGACCAACAGUUUUAGAUAUAAUGGGCUCUAAUUACGUAGACCAGGCACACUACCCCACGCCAAUGGGGUGUGGCCAGCACACUUUCGUGAGCAGCGCAGUGUCUAAUAAUAAAUCAAAUACUUGUUGCCAUUAAUACAACUUCUGCUGCUGCAUGGUUUUGCACCGUACUCAGUAUAUUUCAUUCUUUUGGCCAUCUUCGUCAGAAGGCUUGGUUCUGCAGCUUUAGCUAGGUGACUAUUUGACUAAAGGAGGAAAGUUUAUAUUUACAUGUUGACAUCUCAAUGACCGAGGUAGACUACCGCAUUAUCCAGUAAUAAUCGAGUUUUGGUGUUUGACCUGGAAAAUAUCAUCAGGAAAGAUGGAUAUGGUCGGCCAUAUUGCAGUAGAAAAUAAAUGGACGAAUUAAAAUGCAUAAGAAAGUUUUGAUUUUUAAUAUUAUUUUUAACAGUGAUUUCUGUGAUGUUUACUUUAAAAUGUUAGCAAAAAUAAAUUUUUAUUGUGGUAAGAAAUGCUUGAGAGCCAGAUACAGUCAUCAAAAGAGCCCAACCUGGCUCCCGAGCCAUAGGUUCCCUACCUCUGGUCUAAUGUAUGUUUGAUACACCUAUUCAUGUGUAUUAUUUGUCACUACAUUUAGAAGUGCAUAAAUACAGUAUAACAAUAUGUCCUGCUGAGUGGCUUUAUUUGCGUUCAUUUGAUGGCUCUGUAUAUUCAAAGAUCAUUUGAAAGUU